AGGUAGCCUAUGUAUGCAGAGUCUAGGCUACGCUAGCAGACCGUAUCCAGGGAACUUGCUUUAUAGACGUGUGUCCAGAAGGCAGGACAAUGUCGCCCACCGAGAUUAUGCUUCGGCUGGCUGUGAUCUGCGAGGUUCUUCUUGAAACGACCGCUUCUAAGGAUUCAGACAUGAGCCAGACCAUAGAGGCUAAUUUGGCUCAAGGACACGCGACUUUAAACGACAUGUUCAGAGAAGUUGAGAAGUUGAUGGAAGACACGCAGCAUAAAUUGGAGGAGGCGGUGCACAAGAUGGACAAUGAAAGCGCCAGACUGGGCUUUUAUGGCCAUGACCUGCCUUUGAGUUAUCACGACGGAAGGAUACAUGUGAAGAAAGCGGGAAACCAAUCCGUCUACACCAUAGAGCAAACUGAUAAGGAAACGGACAAUAGAACUGGAGCGACUCACUUUUCCAGGACCGUGAUCCAAUCCAGUGGCAGAGGGAAUGAGAUUGAUUAUAGAUGCAUCGUCGAUGAGGACUGCGAGAAGGGCAGCUACUGCCUGUACGAGAGGCUGCAGUCCAGGUGCCUGCCCUGCAAGGCUCCCCGCACGAAUUGCACAAAGGAUGAGGAGUGCUGCGCGGGACAGCUGUGUGUGUGGGGUCGCUGCUCUAAGAAGAGUGCCAAGGGUGCGGCAGGCAGUAUCUGUCAACACCAGAGCGACUGCAGCAAUGCACUCUGCUGCGCCUUCCACAGAGACCUGCUGUUUCCGGUGUGCACCCGCAAGCCGAGAGCCCGUGAGCGCUGCCACAGCCAACCCAACCACCUGAUGGAGCUGCUGUCCUGGGACAUGGAGGGGGAGGGGCCUCGGGAGCACUGCCCCUGUGCCAGGGGGCUCCAGUGCCAGCCUCACAGACAAGGGUCCCGGUGUCUGCGGCACUCUUCCAGUGACGAUGUGACUCGAGAUCCUCUGGACGUGGUCUGACCUCACUCCCAAUCGACUCUGCUUGACCCCGACGCACCAGACAGCCUGUCUGGAGAGCAUGUAGAGAUUCCUCUCUUAAAAACCUCAUUCAGUAUGCACUGUUUUAUUCUCUUGCCCCUUUAAAUUCAUGUCCAGUGUCAGAUGAAUUUGUAAAAUAAAACUUGUUUGCUCUCAUC